AUGGACGGCGAGUGGCCUUGUAAGGGCGUCCUCACCGGGCAGAGAAAGCGUCACUGCACCGCAAAACUACGUUCAGCGGCCGCCGUUGCACCCGAGCACACCAAGGCGCGCAAGGGCAAGUCCAAGGUGUGUGGUGGAGGCUUAGUCGCUGACCGAGACCUCGGCUCGGCCAGACAAUAUGGACGCAGUGGAGAAAGGCCGGCGAAUGCUGGCAGAGAGCCCCUUCCGAUUGAGCAACAGAAACCUCUCCGUCAUGGAUCGGCGGAUGGUUCACCGGCGAUGAAAUUGAGGGGUUAUCGAUUUAGGUCCCUGGAAGAUACGAGAGGUCUAGAGCCGGAGGGAAGUAAUACCAUGGCCCAUGGCGAUCAUGGGGAUGAGGAUCCGAUGGAGAAGGCUAUGCAACUGCAAAGGAGGUAUUUGCACAGCAAGAUCCUUUUCGCGGGUCCGAACCCUCUGCCAGCUUUAUGCAGAAUCAUCGCUACAGCGAUUUUUCUAUUUAUGGUGGUCUUUGUGAGCGCAGCUAUCUACACUCAUUCCACGCAAUGGAUGAGUGACUUGCUAUGCAUGCGGACCAUAAAAGGAGAUGCUAUCACCUCUAAUCCGGUGUUUGGGGCGUGGUCGGAGAGGUUACCUACAAAUGCGAUCGAUGGGAAGCGAUGUCGCUUAUGGGUGCAGCUCGAUCCUGACAGUCCCGUCCCGAGUGGUACAGUCGCUGACUUUGGCGCUUAUUUUGCGAGAACAGGAUUGGAGUGCGGCCUGUUUACGGCGAAUGCCUUCGGUGGGAACUGUGCUGGUGGGAGGUGUAUAACGUGUAUAGCAGACAGGCCGUGCUACAGCACUGUCUUACCGGAGCAGAUAGACUCCCAGGAUGUUGCAUGGACUGACAACCGUUUCCCUAUCUUCCCGUCCGUGGGCAGACCUGCGAACGUUACUCUGUUCAUGGAUAGUCAGACGGUCAUCCAGCUCACUGAUACUGCCGUUGGCCUGGAGCCUAUAUGCUCUUUGGAUGGGGCGGUGAAGCCGGGGCAUAGCAUCGUAAUAAUCGGUCUAUACAUUGGAAGCAUAAUUCUCCUGCUGCUAGUGAUAGUGAGAGAGAUCAGAGAAUGGUUUAAAAUACGGAAGGAGGUACAUGAGGACACAGUUGAUGACGCGCUUAUGGUAUCACAUAUUGGCGAGGCAGUCGAAGCUAUGAAACGAGAGACUGAAUCCAGUGCAAGACACAAUGUGGAUCCGCAUGACGAUGCUGCAGGGCGCCACAAGGAUGCUGCUGCUCGUCGCAGUAGAGUUUUGGCGGAUCGCCGGUAA